GACACCUUUCAAGUCUUGCAGAAGGAACUCACCUGCUCCAUCUGCAUGAACUACUUCCUAGACCCGGUCACCUUAGAUUGUGGGCACAGCUUUUGCCGUCCCUGCCUGUUCCUUAGCUGGGAUGCAUCCCAGACUCCCAUGUGCUGCCCUCAUUGCAGACAAGUGUCGAAGAAGUCAGAUUUGAAAACCAACACCCAUCUCAGGAACAUGGCUUCCCUGGCCAGACAGGCCAGAGAUGAUCCUGUCGACAGCUCUCCGGAGCAGAUCUGUGAGGCACACGAUGCUGCAAAGUGGGUCUUCUGUGACACUGACAGGAACCUGCUCUGUGGGCUCUGCUCUGAUUCCCUGGAGCACAUGCUUCACAGCCACCGCUCAACCCAACGGGCUGCUGAGGAAUUUAGGGAGAAACUUCUCAAGAGGAUGGGCUCCUUAUGGAAUAUGUCUAAACAAUUGCAAAACAAUCUGAAGCUAGAAACUAGCAAAGCCGAGUCACUGGAGGAGUAUGUGGACAUUAGGAAGGUGAUGAUCAAAGCUGAAUAUCAGAAGAUUCAUCAAUUUCUCUAUGAGGAGGAGUGCCUCCAUCUGGUUGUUAUGGAGAAAGAAGCAAAGGAGUACUUCGAUAAACUGGAGGAAAGCAAAGUCAGAAUGACCCAACAGAUUGAAAACCAGAGAGAAAUGUUCAGAGAGCUGAAGGAUAUGUGCCACAAGUCAGAUGUGGAGCUGCUCCAGGAUUUGGGAACCGUGCUGGAAAGGUGA